AUGACUCACUUGAAAAAGUAUAUUUCGUACCACAACAUUAUCAGAUUUGUGGGUACAAAAUAGAACGAUAUCAAAUAUUGAUUUUUCUAAUAAAUGAUAUGAAAAACGUUGUUAGGAAUAGAGUUUUUUUUAUUAAUUGAGGGAACUAUAUUCACAUUCAAUUCAUUGCCUUUUCCGUCUAUUAAUAGUAAUAAUUAUUAUUUAAAACAACAUAUCAUGUGCAGAUACCAUAUCAGCAAAUUAACAUAGACACAUAUAUGUAUCUAAUAAUAAAUAUAAGCUCCACAUUAUCCGUUAAUCCUUAAAUACUUGUCAUGUUAAAGUGGAAGGAACAGGUUGCUUUUGUGACAGGAGUUAAUUCAGGUAUUGGAGAAGCUAUUGCAGAAAAAUUAGUCGAAAAAGGACUCAAGGUAGUUGGUUUCGCUACAAGAUCAGAACGUCUCAUAGCGCUAGCGCAAAAACUGUCAACGUCCCAACAGGGUAAAUUCUAUCCAAUAGCCGGUGAUAUUACAAACGAAGAUCAUAUUAUACACGCGUUUCAAUGGACACAAGAUAAUAUCGGUCCAGUUAGCGUAUUGAUCAAUAACACUCCUACCUGUGUUUUAUAUUAUGAUGAUAUCGACGCGUUGAAAGAAAUUCUUAACGAAACUGUUUUGGGGAUUUGUAUUGUUAGCAGAGAAGCCAUUAAACAUAUGAAAGAAAAUAACAUUGACGGACAUAUUAUUAAUGUUGGCAGACUUUCACGUAACGAAACGUAUUUUGAUUCACCCUGUAACAAUUCUCUUAAUCCAUUGACUGAAACUUUACGUCUUCAACUUGCUGCAGACGAAUCCGAAAUUAGGAUAACGAGUCUUAGCUACGGAUGUUCAGAAUCAGAUUUUUGUAAUAAUAAUGGCCCCCUUGAUAAAUUAAAAUAUAAUAAUGGACUCGACGAAAGAAUAUUUGUUGUCAAACCAUCAGAUAUAGCAGAAGUGAUAAUUUUCGUUUUAUCUACACCCAAACAUGUCAAUAUCUCUAAAUUAACUAUACAACCCAUUUGAAAAAGUUUUUUUUCUUAAUAUCUAAUUUGUUAUAAUAAAAAUUUAUCUUUACUAAA